GUGCCAAGUCUUCAAAAAGAAGAACUAGAGAAAAAGGAAGCACCAAGGGAGCUCGAGGAAGAUAGUGGUAUUCGGAGAAUUGAAAUACAGGGCAUCACCGUUUCGGUAUACGAUGGACUAGUUAUUGAUGUGGACGAUUUGCACUCUGAAUUUGCUAGGCUCUUUGUGAACAGAAAAUUAGAAAGUAUUGAGGAUCAAAUAAACAUGCUUUGGGACUAUGACAGCAGACCUUGCGACUUUUGUGGACAGUAUUUUACAAAACCCAUGCUUGAAACACCAAUGGCUCGUAUAAAAAUGCAGGAUUUUGCAUUGGCUUGUCAUGAAACAUGCAUACCUAAAAAUUAA